GAUCUCGGCUCACCACAACCUCCGCCUCCUGGGUUCAGGCAACUCUCCUGCCUCAGCCUCCCGAGUAGCUGGGAUUACAGGCAUGCGCCACCAUGCCCAGCUAAUUUUUCUAUUUUUAGUAGAGACGGGGUUUCACCAUAUUGACCAGGAUGGUCUCGAUCUCUUGACCUCGUGAUCCACCCGCCUCAGCUUCCCAAAGUGCUGGGAUUACAGGCGUGAGUCACCGCGCCCGGCCGCUUCAGUGUUCUUAAAGAGACAGGACAGAAUGCGGGGGAGGCAGAACACCCAGGCUGAAAAGUCCCCGGUUCACAGGCGCUGGGUAGUCUGCCCCUAUACUCACAUCCGAGACACCUCAGAUGUCUCCACGUUUUAAAAGCAGAGUGUUCAAAUCAGCCCUUUCUCUUAAAGGUUUAAGGAAGGACAACAAAGCCAAGUCCCGGAGACGCUGGACUCGCUGAGACAGGAAAUUGAGACGAUCGGGGUAAAGGACGGGGUGUGGAGGAAAAGGGCCACCCGAUGUUUCCUGAAGAUGAGAGAUCAGCCACAGUGGGGAAUAAUGUGACUGCAAAAGAGUUAGAGUGUUACAGGAAUAGGUUUCUCUGGACUGAGUUCCGGCUAAGGGUACUGGGAAAGCGGUGGAGUGACAGAACACGUGGGCAAGGAGAGCUGCAGGAUGGCUAUUUUGAAUCCACCACUGUUCUGAGAAAAAGAGAGCGAUGCACCCACUCGAUGGGCCGUGGGAGGUGACAGCCCAGACGCCAGCAAUCUGUGUGGUGCCACGAAUCACGGUCUGGUGAACGUGUGUCACAAUUUUCUCCAUAGCAACACCUGCUUUGUUUGUUUGUUUGAGGCGGAGUUUCGCUCUUGUUACCCAGGCUGGAGUGCAAUGGCGCGAUCUUGGCUCACUGCAACCUCCACCUCCUGGGUUCAAGCAGUUCUCCUGCCUCAGCCUCCCCAGUAGCUGGAAUUACAGGCACGUGCCACCAUGCCCAGCUAAUUUUUGUAUUUUUAGUAGAGACGGGGUUUCACCUCGUUGACCAGGAUGGUCUCGAUCUCUUGACCUCGUGAUCCACCCACCUCGGCCUCCCAAAGUGCUGGGAUUACAGGCGUGAGCCACCGCGCCCGGCCUGAUUUGUGUUUGACAGAAAUGGCAGGACUGGGUUGGCCAGCCCGACCGCAAAUGAGGGAUUUGACCUCCUCAGACAGGAAGUCAGCACUGAGGACCUUAAAGAAUUUUUUCCUAGCCGACUCGGGCAGUAAAGGCGGCCAGACAUACAGUCUUAAGCAGACAGUAGACACUGGGACACACAAACAAUUGUGACGGUUUGGACAAACAGAAAAAUCAUGUGUUGGGGUCACUCUGAUGCUCCUCUGGCUGCUCCCCUGACGGGACAUCGGGUCCCGCCGGUACAAAGCCCCGGCGGGACCGAGCCGAGCUCGCUGCCUUAAGCCCUGUGAGAUGACCACGGAACUGCAGAAAAAGAGCCCAGUCGAGCCCCGUGGCUUUCGCCGUGGGGCUAAAUUGGAAUUUUAAGGGCAGGGCCCUUGAACUCCCCAUUAACUCACACAUGCACUCACCGUUUACACAGUUUAUUGCGCAUUUUAUUUCUAUUUUUAGGACAGAUAGUCCUCUAAUUUAAACAAAAAAGGAAAAAGAGAGAGAGGCACUCCCUAACAGAACCGAUACUCUGCCCACCCCUGUACUGAAGUGUCAGCAGAGCUAACAGAAACCAGAGCUCCGUUUUCCAGCGUCCAGAAGUACUGGGAGAGCUAACAGACUCUAAUUUGAAUAAGGAAGAGGAGAGAGAGAGAGAGAGACUCCCUCACAAAAACCGAUGCUCUGCACCAGUGUACUGAAAUGUCAGCAGAGCUAACAGAAGCCAGACACCAGGACUCCCCCAGAAUCCAGAGCCAGAACCAGGACUCUCUCCCAGAGUCCAGACUCAGAACCGGGACUCUCCCCCAGAGUCCACAGCCAAACCAGGACUCUCCCCCAGAGUCCACAGCCAGAACCGGCACUCUUACUUUCAAUCAAAGAAAAAGGAAAUAGAAAUACCUAAUAACCCCCAAAAGGUUAUUUGCUGCUUGAGAGUUUUUUGUGUAUUCUACCUAGUAACCGCUGAGAAAUAAGGCUCGAGACACCAUUGGCUGGUUCACCCGCACCCGGCCAAUCCUGGGCUCCAAACAGUUCAGUGAGAUCCCGGGUCCCGCGCGGCACCAGACAUCGCGGUUAACGGGAGGUGAAGAGAGCUUUUCUCUUCUUUUUGGGAUGCUUUGUUCUCUGGUGGUGACUGUGCCAGUGGGUGAGUUGUAUCCGGAAAAGCGUCAUGUGAGGAUCAGAGGUCAAAAGAAAACGGGUUAAUUCUAGAAGGUCUCUGGUCCCUGCCUGCCCGGGUGCUCAUGGAACCUGCUGCUGCCCUGCCCUUCUCCCUGCCGGCCUCCCUCCUGCUCCUCCUCCUCGGCCUGUGUGCGCUGGUCUCAGCACAGUUUACUGUCGUGGGGCCAGCUGUUCCCAUCCUGGCCAUGGUGGGAGAAAACACGACGUUACGCUGCCAUCUGUCCCCCGAGAAAAAUGCUGAGGACAUGGAGGUGCGGUGGUUCCGGUCUCACUUCUCCCCAGCAGUGUUCGUAUAUAAGGGAGGGAGAGAGAGAACAGAGGAGCAGAUGGAGGAGUACAGAGGAAGAACCACCUUUGUGAGCAAGGGCAUCAGCAGGGGCAGCGUGGCCCUGGUCAUACACAACGUCACAGCCCAGGAGAACGGCACCUACCGCUGUUACUUCCAAGAAGGCAGGUCCUAUGAUGAGGCCAUCCUGCGCCUCGCGGUGGCAGGCUUUGGCUCUAAGCCCCUCAUUGAAAUCAAGAUUCAAGAGGAUGGGAGCAUCCUGCUGGAGUGCAUAUCCAGAGGGUGGUACCCAGAGCCCCUCACAGUGUGGAGGGACCCCUCCGGCGAGGUCAUGCCUGCCCUGAAGGAGGACUCCACCCGUGAUGCAGACGGCCUCUUCAUAGUCACCACAGCUGUGAUCAUCAGAGACAGGUCCGUGAGGAACAUGUCCUGCUCUGUCAACAACACCCUGCUCGGCCAGAAGAAAGAAAGUGUCAUUUUUAUUCCAGAAUCCUUUAUGCCCAGCACGUCUCCCUGGAUGGUGGCCCUGGCUGUCAUCCUGGCCACAUCUCCCUGGACGGUGGCCCUGGCUGUCAUCCUGGCUAUUUUCAUCAUCUUCAUGGCUGUGACCAUCAGUUGCAUCAAGAAGCUUCAAAGGGAAAAAAAGAUUCUUCUGUCAGGGGAGAAGGAGGUUGAACAGGAAGAAAAAGAAAUUGCACAGCAACUUCAAGAAGAACUGAGAUGGAGAAGAACAUUCUUACAUGCUGCCGAUGUGGUCCUGGACCCAGAUACCGCUCAUCCCGAGCUCUUCCUGUCAGAGGACCGGAGAAGUGUGAGGCGAGGCCCAUUCAGGCAGAGCGUGCAGGACAACCCAGAGAGAUUCGACAGUCAGCCCUGUGUCCUGGGCCGGGAGAGAUUCGCCUCUGGGAAACAUUACUGGGAGGUGGAGGUGGAAAACGUGAUGGUGUGGACUGUGGGGGUGUGUAGAGACAGUGUUGAGAGGAAGGGGGAGUUCCUGCUGCUUCCUGAGAAUGGCUUCUGGACCCUGGAGAUGUUUGGAAACCAGUACCGGGCCCUGUCCUCCCCUGAGAGGAUUCUCCCUUUGAAGGAGCCCCUUUGCCGGGUAGGCGUCUUCCUGGACUAUGAAGCUGGAGACGUAUCCUUCUACAACAUGAGGGACAGAUCACACAUCUACACAUGCCCCCGUUCAGUCUUCUCCAGGCCUAUGAGGCCCUUCUUCAGGUUAGGGUCUGAUGACAGCCCCAUCUUCAUCUGCCCCGCACUCACAGGAGCCGAUGGGGUCACGGUGCCUAAAGAGGGCCUGACACUUCACAGGGCAGGGACGCACCACAGCCCACAGGAUCAAUUCCCUGGUCUCACAGCCAUGUAGACGAGCCCUGGCCAUCUCAGCAGCCACCGCACAACGCCCUUGGUGGAAGACACGCCCUCCCCGCUCUGGUCACAUAAGAGAACAUCUUCCAGCUGCCUGUUUCACACCCCCUGCAGGCCUCAGCCCCUGUUCACCUCCUCACGAGGCUGUGGCUUUAGCAGUUCAUUUCCUUGUAACUGUGGGACGGGAUCCAGGCCUAGGGAGCUAGUUGUUACACAGCUCCCAGCCAGGAAGAAAGUGUGAGAAGCUGAUUGGCAGCGAACCUGCUGUUUAGCAUCAGGGUGACGACAUUGAGCCCAGUAUGCCAGUUGGCACCAGAUGCUGUGGACUUGGAAUGAAGCCAACAGGGUUGGCCAGGAUGUGGGAGAAGAGAGGAAUCCACACGACCACCGGAGGGGAGAAGGAACCAGAUAUCCAGGUCAGAGCUAGAGGAAGUGGAACCAGAGAGCUGGGAGGGACCAAGGUUGUGAGGGUGGCUGAGUCCCACCAUAACAGCUGAGGGGUCCCAGGAGAUGAUGGCUCAUUUCCACCCAGCCCCAGGGUUUCCAGAGCACACACCCACAGGCCUGGACCUGGGAUGAAGAUGAAUGAAGAACAUGGACAUGUGGCUGUGGUUGGGCUCAGGGGCCCCUGCAGUAAACAAGGAGUCAGUACUCUGUCCUCGAGUGUGGUUGAGAUUUGAGGUCCUGGUGGAGCGGGGCAGUCCUGGACCAGAUCUGCCUCAGCGUUCCGGUUCAGUGGGGGCACCAGUGACUUCACACUUCCUGGGCUCAUUGUGUCUUUAGACACUUAAGAAUGUUUAGGGCCUUGUGGGGCUUUUGUUUAUUUGAGUUAACGUUUGUAAAUAUUUAUGGUCUUUGAUAUUGAAACAGAAAUUUUAAAUGUUAUUUAUUAUUUCAUGUUAAAAUAGCAUGAAUAACUCAAUUAUAGGUUAACAUCAAUAGGAUAUUUUAUGAAAAAGCAUUCUAGUUUCUCCAAACAAAAGAUCAAGAAGUGUGACAUGCUUUAACUUUUUCCAAAUCUCACGUCUGGCUUAAUAGAAGAUGUUUGUAUUCUCACAUCUGCUUUUGUAUUAAACCUAUUAGUAUAUCAUUGGGUAUAUAGGCUCAAAAAAACUUUGCUGCACCCUACUGAGAGAAUGAGAUGAAAAGCAAUUAGUGUUUCAUCAUUAUUAUUACGAAAAUAGUAUUAACCUUUGGGACACCGUAACUGUAUCAGAGUUCUCCCUCAGAAUCGCCAGACCGUAUUUGAAAACUGGAAUAGUGGAUCCUGGAAGUGAAUCCAUGUGCUGGUUAAUUUCAGGAGUCAUCUCAACUGGACUAAGGAAUACCUAGACAACUGGUACAACAUUAUUUCUGGGUGUGUGUGUGAGUGUGUUUCCAGAAGAGAUUGGCAUGUGAGUCAGUGGGAAAUUCUCCCUUCCAAUUGACUGGGAGCCCAGUAUCACAAGAACGCAGAGGAAAGGCAGAUUCUCCUCUCUCUGGAGCUGAGAUGUUCUUCCUCUGACCUUGGACGUUAGAACUCCUGGCUCUCCAGCCUUUGCACUUCAGGACUUGUUCCAGGAAGCCCUGGGUUCUGAGGACUUUGGCUUUGGACUGAGAGUUACACAAUCAGCUUCCCUGGUUCUGAGGCUUCUGGACUUAAAUUGAGCCAUGCCACCAGCAUCCCAGGGUCUCCAGCCUAUAGAUGGGCUGUUGUGGGAUUUCUCAGCCUCUCUGAUGACAGGAGCUAAUUUCCCUAUUAAACACCUGCUCAUACAUCUA